AUGGCUGACAUGGAUGAAUUCGCGCAGACGCGCGGGGCUGACGACUUGUUUGACGACGAGAUUAUCCCGGUUUUGGCAGAGCAACAAGAAGCUCAAACAGAGGUUCUCGUAGUGCAGGAUCCUGAACCUGAGUCCACACCAGUCCAAGAGAAGGCCCAAGGUAAAAAGCAGCCUCAUCCGCGUGGGGAGACUCCGCAGCGGGGCCGUGGCCGUGGAAACCGGGGUAAGGGAGGACAAGGCCUGCAAGACUCAAGAUGGGCAGAUCCCAAGACAUCAGAGCUUGCAAUUCGGACCAAGACUCCUAAAUACACGGCAAAGUCAAAGCAAAAGUCCGAGAUCAGCCCAGAAGUAACUGCCGAGACUCCUGAGAAGCCCGAGGAAACAAAGAAGGCCCAAGCUCCUGGAGAUGAGGAGAAAACCGAGGCGACUCCAGAAGCGCAACGCGUUCCGGCUGUUCGAGGAGAUCGCAGUGCUACAGGUGGUAUCAGAAAGCCCAAGCUGAGCGAGGAAGAGCUCUCAAAGCGAAUUGCCGCAGCGAAAGAGAAUGCAGCCAAGAAAGCUGCUGCUCAUGCCCGUGCCGAAGCCGAUCAAGCCUCCUUCCUCGAACGAGAACAGGUUGCAGCCAAGAAGCGACGCGAAGAGCUGGCCAACCGAAAGGUCAUGGAUAAUGAGCGCGAGCAGAAUCGCCAGCGCAAGCUGAAGGCGCAAACAGGUCGUGAAUGGGACUCUGAGAAAAAGGAAGAGGACUACAACCCUCGUGGUGGUGGCAGUCAAUUCCGCCGUGGAAUGCAUGGUGGCGUAUCUGGCCAUGUACGACGAGACUUUGAAGAGAACCGACCAGACGAGUCAACUGGUCAAGAAAGUUCUGGACGCCGUGGUCGAGGCGGUCGUCGUGGCCGUGGUUCGGGCCGUAACUCAAGAGAUGAUCAGCCAUCUCAUGGCUCAACUCAGCGAGCAGGCUCACGGACUCCUGCAGUCAAUAAUGAGGCAGAGUUCCCCUCUUUGCCAGGUGGGAAAGCACCAGACACAGACAGCUCUACUAAAGCUGUGGAAUCAGAUAAACCCACUACUGUGAUCAAGCCCCCACUCACCAUGGAGAGCCUCGAUGCUACGCUGUCUCCUGUGACUGGGACUUGGGCUGACCAGGUGGAGGAGUAA